UCUGCUAAUACACAUUGAUGUUUAUCGUUAUCUCAAUUUGUGGUAUAAUUUCAACACAUUUAAAGAACAGGAACUGAGCUGCAUCACAUUCCAAGACAUAUAACUUUCCAAAAAUGUAUAUAUUACUAGUUUGUGACAUGUACCGGUCAAAGUCUCCAGGGAUAUGAAGGGAUGGAGCAGCUGUAGUUAUAAAAGAAGAAGAAUUUCUACAGAGAGGCAUGAAAAUAGAGUCAUUGCUUGUAUCAAUUCUCUACAGCAUUUUAUUUAAGUCUUGUCCUUCACACAAAGAUGUCUUUCAUCAUGACUUCUCUCUUAAUUGCUUGCUCCCUUUUGCUGUGCUUCAAUGGUGCAGUUGGCAUUCCUGUCCCAAGUGGUGGAGGAGGAAACUUUGUUGGAACAGAGAUUGUGACUACGCCAGAUCAGCCCAAGCAGCCUUAUGGAGGAAGUGGCGAGUCGGGAGUAUCUCAACAAGAUAUUUGCAUCAUCUCUGAUCCAUCUUAUUAUGAGACGUCGGUUUUCGAAAACAUUGGAUCAAAACUGAGCAGCAUCAAGAACCCAUUGUAUCACGUAUGGAGCACUGUCUGGAAUAGCUCAGAUAUACAUCACAAUACAGUUCUAAACAGUGGUAUUACCAAGCCUACAAAUCCCUCUGUUCUCAAGACUGAUAGCUGUGCUGAAUUGUAUACAGCUUUAAGCAAUGUGGUCCCACUAAUGGAGUGCUAUUUUGACGCACUUACUGUUAUCCUUGGUAAUCUCACUACUGAAGUAACUCACAAGUAUUCAUCAGCUUGGGCUGGUAUAAGGGAGCUAGUGUAUGAGGCAUAUCAUAACAGCUCUGUUCUUGAGGAUAUUAAGAAACUUAAGUCAGGGUUUACAAGCUCUUGCCUCGCUGUAACAACCAGCUAUAAUUGUUCUGCUAAUCUUGAAGCUGUAGAAGGAGGACUUAAUGAGGUAUGCUCAGAACCUUACUGUCAACCAAAGAAGAUUGAAAAAUAUGCACUGCUCACUAUUCCCAUCUACACUUCAGUUAAUCGCAUUCAAUCGACAAUUGAUGUCAUCCAAACCCACAUUCAAGUAUGCAGUGGAGGGGAUGACAGCGACAGCAGGAGGAGAAGAGGCUAAUUUGAAGUUCACUAACAAUCAUUGUACAAAGUUCAUUCUUCGUAACUAUACUGGUAUUAUACAUCUAGGACAGGCCUUUCUAUACCUUUUGUUUUAUAUAUAAUUCUUCAAUCACUUAUUAUUAUAUUUGCAAUCAUUUUGAUUAUCAAAA